AUGGUAAUACUAAUAGACAUUCAGAUGAUGACCAGACAAUUUGGGCCUAAACGAAAGCCUGAGUGGGAGGAAAAUGUACAAAAGCUAAAUUCCGCUUUUAAACGUAUCCUUUCUGAAAAAUGGGCUAUAAAUGCGCCCUGCAGAGGAAGUCACCAAGGCACCAGUCGGCCCGGUAAUGGCCUCGGUAGCAUGAAGUCCGUCGCACAUGAGCCUCAUCCUCGAGCCAUGGUGUCUGCUCAACAUCCUCUCAUUCUGACGAGUCUGAAUGGAAUACAAAAAGGACUAAUCCAAAACCUUAAUCCUUCCGGGACAGGGAACACUCUGCAGAUUCCUGAGUUCGGCCGUUCUAGUGCAACCUUACCUUCUGAUCGGAUUGACAUGACGAACAGACCAGUCGAAGAUGGGCUCGUGAACCGGUACAUACCUCCCUUAUACACAUACAAACACGCAUACACAAUUGCCAAUAAUGCCAUCGGACAAGAGUGUGGGAUUCUUCCUGGCCGGUAUCAGAGAUCUGAUGAGGUAGUGGACCAACAUCGCCAACUUGCAUCUGCUUACGCCUGCCCAGUCCGCACCCGAACCUGGUUGGUGCUAUCUCAGGUGCUAAGUCUGGCGAUGCCAGCGAAGAGUCAGGGAAUGCUCUCAUUCAAGGAUCCGUGGAUAGAAGACGUCAUGACGACAAUCACAGCGAAAGAAGAGGAUACAGCAAAGCCAAAAUUCACACCAUCUUGA